AUGGAGAUCGGUGGAUUGGAGAGGCGUUGUGGUGCUUGUGAUGGCUGUGGUGUUGAUGGAGUUCUUGCUUUGGUGCUUCUGGGCUUUGACCGUGAGAGAAAGAAGAAGAAAGAAGAGGAAGAAAAGAAAGAGGAAACAGCAGAGACAAUGAAAGAGAAAGAAAGAAGAAAGAAAAUGAGAUAUUGGAAAAAGAACGCCCGGAGAGACCAUGGUAAUGCCCCAUCCGAUCUUAUUGGAAAGGACUCGCAUUUUUUCAAGAUUAUUCUCGAUGAAACUCUUCGUGUUGGAAGGCUUACGAUUCCAAAAAUGUUUGUAAGGAAAUACGGAGAAAAUUUGUCAAGCCCUAUAUUUCUUAAGCUUCCAAAUGAUGCAAAAUGGAAAGUAGAAUUGACAAAAUGCAAUGAUGAGGUUUGGUUACAAAAGGGUUGGAAAGAAUUUGCCGAGUGUUACUCUCUAAAGCAGGGACACUUUGUAGUUUUCAGAUAUGAGGGAAAUUCUCAUUUUCAAGUGCUCAUAUUUGAUGAGACUGCAACGGAAAUAGACUAUCAUUCCAAUAGCUCCCAUGGUCAUAAGGAUGGUAAGUUUGAUGAAAAAUAUGAAGUUCCUAAUAUGGAAGAUAAUGAUGAGAGUGAUAGUUCUGUUCAAAUCUUAGCUAACUUUCCUCUACACCCAAAGCCAAGGGAUACAUCACUCUUACGGUCUUCCCAUGUCGUGGGCGACCUCACAUGAAAAUGAAGUACUUAUACAAGUGCAAGAAUUGUGAGCCAGAAAUCUAACGUUCGUAUAAGGAUCCGAAAAUUGACUAGGAAAGACAAAGCAAAAGCUCUUAAGAAAGUAGCAAGUGCCUUCAAAUCGAAAAAUCCUUAUUUCAUGGUGGUCACGCAGCCAUCUUUCAUUCAAGCGUAUGACUCGGUAAGCUUUUAAUUCAAAGAAUGCAUACUAGAGCAACCUUGUCAAGGUUUUGCUUAUAUAGGACUAACUUAUUAACUUAUAUAAUAAUAUCUAUUUUUUGGAGAGAAUACCAGUCCACUUUAUUAAGAGAAACUAUAUUCAAAAUGGACAAUAUGUGAUGCUUAAAGUUGGUGAUCGAUCAUGGGAGGUGAGGUUUGUGAUUUCUGGAAAGGUACAAGGUUCAUUUUCUGCUGG